GCAGUAACCACGACUAGCCCACGACUAUGAAUAUGGAUUCCGCGACUACACCCUUGACUGCAAGUUCUCAGUUUAUUCAAGCGGACGACGACGACGAUGACUUUGACGAAGAGAACAUUCCCGGUUUUUCACAUCCUGGAAUGCCGCAGUUGCCACAGUCGGACAAGGGCAAGAAUCGUGCCAGAGAACCAGAACAACUAGGAAUGCCUUCAGCAAAUGGAAACAACUCAGUGCCGCUUUCCGGAAAUAUAGGGAGUUCAUUGGGACCUCAACGUCCAGCGCGACAAACAAUCGGAGGUAUACAAGUUGAAACACGUUAUACUGGCGUCGAUACCCUUGACGAACCCGUUUCUCAAACUAUAACUCGAGACCUUCUCUCGAUCUAUUCCAAACUCAUACAAGUGGUGUACCCUCGGAGAUCCAAUGGACGUGAGGUUCUCAGAGAUUGGGAUUUAUGGGGACCCUUCAUGCUCUGCCUUCUUCUUGGAAUUAUGCUUAGCGUUAACGCCCCACAAUCACAAUCAUUGAAUGUUUUUACGAGCGUGAUAGUUAUUUGUUCUCUGGGGGCUCUUGCAGUCACUGUACAGGCCAAGCUUCUUGGUGGCAGGGUCUCUUUCUUCCAAGGUCUCUGUGUUUUAGGGUACUGCAUUGCGCCUCUCGACCUUGCGGCUCUUAUUUCUUGCUUUGUACGGGUCAUCUAUGUGCGCGCGCCGCUCGCGCUAUUGGCCUGGGCUUGGUGCAUUUGGGCGUCUGUGAACUUCUUAGAUGGAACCAAGAUAGAGCCUCAGCGUAUUUUGCUUGCAGUUUACCCACUUUUGCUCUUCUAUUUCGUACUGGCAUGGAUGAUACUGAUACAAUAAUGGGUUGGUUGGAAAGCGCAACGAUUAUGAAGGAAAAUUAUAAGCGACAAUAAGACUUCGAUGCUAUGUAUCACUGACAACGAAAUAUCAUAAUUUUGUGCUUUUUCUUUGACAUUUUUUCUGGGGUCAUUGAGUAUAGAGAGCAAAAGC